AUGAUUCCGGUGAUCUGGAGUGAUUACGAUCAUCCGUACCUAGGUUUUCGAUAUGCGUGUGGCUGGAACAAAUUCACCCUAGAAAUUAUGGGGCUAUGGCCGAGAAGAAAAACGACAUACUUUGGCAGAAAUCGUGCCUUGAUACACGCUUUUGUUAUAUUCGUAGUUAUUACUAUACCUCGACUAGUCGGAGCGUUCUUUUUUCGACAUGAGAUAGAUGCUCUGAUCCAAUGCCUUGGAACUUAUUUGCCAUUUAUAAUUGGCAUUGUCAAACUGAUAACUUUACAUUACCGCAGAGAAGUAUUAGCUGAAUUCUUGGAAACAAUGGAGAGUGACUGGGCCGUGCCUCUUUCCGGAGAACGCUUGAAAGUAAUGCUGGAAAUGGCGAUCAUUGGUCGCAGAAUUUCAAUCUUCUCUGGGUCAAUGGCUUACACUGCAAACAGUAUUGGUAUUGUAGUUCAGAAAUGGUACAAUCUCGAAGCACAGCAGAUACAGGAUCCCGAUCCUCGUCUCGUGACAAAUCUCUUCUGGAUAGUGUGGUUGCCAUAUGAUACAACGAACGGAAUAAAUUACGCAGUAUCCUUCGUCCUUCAGCUAUACAGUUCCGUCUAUGCUGCACUUUUCUAUUUCAUUUUUGACAGUUUCAUCGUGAUGCUUGUACUUCACUUGUGCGGGCAGCUUGGUGGACUCCAGGUAUCACUUCGACACUUGCAUGAGACCGAUGUUCAUAAAGUCACCUUUCAAACUAAGCUGAGAAACAUUGUCCGAAAGCACGAGAAGCUUGUUAGAUUAGCUGGAGAUCUCGAGGAGUCUUUCAAUUUCGUUCUCCUCUUGCAGCUGUUGGGAUGCACAUUGAUGUUUUGCUUUCAAGGAUAUGGAAUAAUUCGGCUCGUUACUCAGGGAACACUAAACCUCUUUCAAGUAGGCUUCGCAGUGACAGUGGUUUUCGCCACAGCAGUUCACUUUUUCUUCUGCUGUUGGGCGGGAGAAUUUCUCGUGUCACAGAGUGUAUCAGUAGGAUACGCGGUGUACAAUUGUGAGUGGUACAAACUACCGCAUCUUGAGGCGCGUUCACUCAUACUGAUAGGUCUGAGCAAGCUCAGACCAUUGGAGUUGACGGCUGGCAAAUUUUCAGUAUUAUCAUUCAAUCUCUUCCUGAAUGUAUUGAAGACGUCUAUGAGCUACUUGUCAAUGUUGUUGGCGGUUCAAGGUCGCGAAUGA